AUGAUAUUACAACUUAGAAGCGAAGCAGUAUGUGAAUCAGCGUCAUCGAUCUUUAAAACGAAUAUUCACAACAACCGCUCAUUACAACACAGUUCAUUAGAUGAAGAAGUUACGGUACAUUGGAAUGCACCACCUUUACAUACGGCUGAUUCCUUCAUCACAAAUUCACUCGAUUGUUAUUUUAGUACAAUGAAAGACAAAAAUUGGUUAUUUUAUAAAAAAAGUGAACACUAUCAAAUUUGGAAACUUGUUGCUUCUGGUUCAAUUAGUUUAAAUCGCUUACGAAAAGCCCAAGUAACAAGAUUUCCUGAACCAGACCCUAUUGAAUAG